CGAAUCAUAUAAAUUGACCGGCCGCAGAGCAGAGACUUCGUAGAAUCCAUCGAAACUUUGCCGGUGAUUAGUAGCAGAAGUUUCCUCGAAAAUGCGCACAUUUGUUUGCCUUGCCCUGGCGACCAUUCUCCUGGUCGCCGGCUCAUCAGCAGCCACAUAUGAUCCUGUGGCGGCGCAACUUCUGGAUGUGGAUGCAGGUGUCCAGGCUCCGGUGGCAGAACGUCAAGCUCGCCAGUUUGGCGGUGGCUUUGGAGGAAGUCCAGGCGGCGGCUUUGGCGGUCCGGGAGGCGGUUUUGGAGGACGUCCAGGCGGCGGAUUCGGAGGUCCAGGCGGUCAAGGAGGUUUCGGAGGUCCAGGCGGUCAAGGAGGUUUCGGAGGUCAAGGAGGUUUCGGAGGUCCAGGCGGUCAAGGAGGUUUCGGAGGUCCAGGCGGUCAAGGAGGUUUCGGAGGCGGUGGCUUUGGAGGACGUCCAGGUGGCGGCUUUGGCGGUCCGGGAGGCGGCUUCGGAGGAGCUGGCGGUUUUCGAGGCUAGAAACCAAGCAGCAAUCAUCUGUGACUGACUUAGCAUAACCCGCUAGAAAUAGACUUUGAAAUCAAAGUGCAAUCAAGCACGCUCUAAUUAAGUUCGAAAUACAUUUGCCCCUCGUCUUUGAUUCACUUAA